GCCACAAGCCACAGAGAUCCCUGCAGGUUUGCCCAUCUGUCUGGCAUAGCCCACCUUGAGGUAGGACCAGGGUAUUAGGCUCUCGAUACUAUUACCAUACCUAUGACAUACAUGUAGGGGAAGCCCCCGAGCCUCUCUUCACUCUCGCUUUUGAUAUAGCAAAUUCUGAAGAUGUCUUCCCCCUCUAAUGCCCUCUACGAACUAUCUCGCAAUCCUAAUACCCUGUUUGCGCUGUCUGAUGAAAGCCUCUUGUCUCUCAUCUAUGGCGACUUUAAGGAUGAACUGGGCCGUCUUAUGCGCGCCUACUCUGUCGGCGGCGUAGAUGACACUAGACCAUCAUCCGAGUCGCCUUCGGUAUAUUUAUAUGGACGAGACUACGACGAGGUCAAUCGCACCCUUACUGGACUUCUCACCUUGAAGUGGACUUGGAACGGACAAUACGAUACCCUGAUCGCAAACCAAGCUGAAGCGCUGAAACUAUCUCGCAAAUCAUUUGAAUGGAUGCGUACAUUCUACAAAGAAUCGCUUCUAAAUCCAUCAUAUCCAAAUGAGCUCUAUGCCCUUAUUACUUCUAUAGUGGUGAAUGAUAUAGGGAAGGACGACCAGCUUGCUUUGGACUACGAGAAAGAAACUGGCGAGAAUAUCGCUAACCAGAACCAUGAUAUGAUCCUCAUAAAGGCAGUCAGAGCCGGCCUUGUCAAGUGCCUAAAUCCUACCGACACCAGAUGCCGUCUUUCGCAAGAAGACAGAGAUGAUAUCAUUCGCGGCAUGGAACUGGGAGCCGAAUUCAACUUUGGACAAUUAGCCCAAGCAGAGAAUGCGCCUGCAUGCCUAGCGGGUCUCGCGACGAUGAGAGGUCACCCGCGAAGUUUCCGGCUUCGAUUUGAGGAGCAGCUGCUAGACAUCGCGGGCGCCGCUGGUCAUCUGGACUGGACUUGCGCAAAAAAGCUGACUCAGUCCAACUUCGACGCUUACCGCACUGUGUACGAUGUGGGAAUGGGCAUGAUUUCGGAGGGUUUGAGUUUGCGCGCAGGUUACGACUUAGUAUUGACGCGUCGGCUUAACCUGCUCAUCGAAAAGAAAUUUCGGCCGCUCGAUCUCAAUGUGGAAGACGAUCGGGCUCUCGCGCGACUCUUAUGUAUGGGCAGUGUCGCCGAUCUAAAAACUGCCGAACUGUAUAACCGCGUAUGGACAUCCCUUGAAGACGACGUAAGGAAAUCUCUGCGGAAAUCGCUCAACAUAGAUGGUUCUGUCGCCGAGCCAGCAGUGCAAGUCACGUACAUUCCAGCCCUUAUUACCCAGGCGGUCGAUGUUAGCGGCCCGGGAGCCCUCGAGAUGAAGGAACGAGCAAUGAAGAGUGCGCUCCGCUAUCUAUGCAAAGUCAUGUCUGCUCCUGGCAAGCCGGAUGGUCCCGUGAGCGUUAUAGAAAGGAAUGUCCUAGCUGUCAUUAAAGGAGUAGUACAGAGUCCAGAAUUCCGCAAAGACCCUACUAUCCUAGAAUCAGCUCCUAUACCGGAAAGCCUCGUUGCAAAAACAGAAUCGACAGACCAACGACCUGGAUAAAGCUAUUUAUAUGGUUUUAGCCGGCUUUUUUAUAACUACUGAUUGAUUCUACGGCGUUGUCCAGUCUCACGGUCACGGUAUGGAGGGAAUAAUAUUUUUAUGAAGCUACGGUUGGGCUAUAGAUUUUACUCACUCAUGUGUUCUCCUAGGAUAGAUUUGGCUCUACUAUCAAUAUUUUCUACCUUAUGACUACGGUGGUCCAGUCCUGGUUCUUAGUAGGGCUUUAUGAAAUAAUGUACCUUUUGAUGACAUAACUUCGUAUCAUUGAAGCUAUAUGUUACUUGAAGUGUGCGGGAAAACGGAUUUCUUAUUCUAUAGUAAAUUCUCAAGUAUGAAGUAAAAUUAUUAUUUCGUAUGAGCUUUUAUUUCUUCUAAAAAAGAGAGAGAAA